CUGUCCGUCCUCUCCGCAGCAUGGCUCCGAAAAAAGUGGAACCGAAGAAGCCGGAGGUGAAGAAGGUGGAGGCGAAGAAGGAGGAGCCUCCGCCGCCGCCCAAACCCGCCGAACCAGAGCCGAAGCCGCCGGAGGUGGACCUGAAGAGCAUCGUGGUCGAGUUUACCGCCGACCAGAUCGAGGAGUUCAGAGACGCCUUCACGCUGUUCGACGAGACGCCGGCGGGCGAGAUGAAGAUCACCUACGCUCAGUGCGGAGACGUGAUGCGAGCGCUCGGACACAACCCCACCAACGAGGACGUGCUGAAGCUGCUCGGCCGGCCGAAGGCGGAGGAGAUGCACGCCAAGCUGCUGGACUUCGACAGCUUCCUGCCGAUGCUGCAGCACGUGGCGCGCUCCAAGGAGCAGGGCACCUUCGAGGACUUCGUGGAGGGACUGCGCGUCUUCGACAAGGAGGGCAACGGCACCGUGAUGGGGGCGGAGCUCCGCCACGUCCUGUCCACGCUGGGCGAGAAGAUGACGGAGCACGAGGUGGACAGGCUGAUGGUGGGACAGGAGGACGCCAACGGACACAUCAACUACACCGAGUUUGUCAAACACAUCCUGGCCGGGUAGAACCAAAGGACAGGUCCUCUGUCGGGUUGAUGGACUGCCCCUGUCUGUCCCCAACUGUCCCUGACUCUCCCUGUAUAUCCCUGAUGGACUGAGACUCUGUUCUGCCUGUCACUGACAGACCGAUGGACUGUCUUUCUCCAAGUGUCCCUGACUGUCCCUUUCUGUCCUUGACGGACUGAGAUUCUGUCUGUCUCUGACAGACUGAUGGACUCUCUCUGUCCCUGACUGUCCUCAACUGUCCCUGAUGGACUGAAGUUCUAUGUCCCUGCUGUGUUCCUCCUUUUUGUGUGUAAUAAAAGCUCUCAGUCCGUCUCA